CGCCGUCGCCAGCGGCGCCGACAUGACAAGGCGCUGCAUGCCCGCUAGGCCAGGUUUCCCCUCGUCCCCAGCCCCGGGGUCGUCACCCCCGCGCUGCCAUCUGAGACCCGAUGGUACCGCCCCUGCCGCUGCGGGAAAGAGAGCAAAGAGUCCUGGGGACAGGAAGCAGUCAAUUAUAGAUUUCUUCAAACCAGCUUCAAAACAAGAGAGACAUAUGUUGGAUUCUCCACAAAAAUCAAACAUCAAAUAUGGAGGAAGUAGAUUGUCCAUCACAGGGAACGAGCAGUUUCAAAGGAAACUAUCCUCACCAAAAAAAUCUAAACCCAAAAGAAUGCCAUCAGGAAAAAGCCCUAUUAUAGAAUCUUUGAUGAAACAUGUUAAAGAGCACCAUAAAGAUCGUGGUGUACACAAGUCCCAUCAGCCUUAUAUGUCAUUGGUCUCUGAAUAUUUUUCCAAAGGAACGAAUUUCAGUGUUUCUCAUUCAUGUUAUUUGUCUAAAGAGAUGAAGACACUGAAGAAAAAACAUCGGUCUCCAGAGAGAAAGAAGUCACUGUUUGUUCAUGAAAAUAGCAGGGAGAAAAAUGAUAGAGAUAGAGGAAAGACUAAUGCAAACUCCAGAAAGCCAACCAUGGUGAGAGAAGCUGACAUCUUCAAGGGCAGCUCUGCAAGUCUUAGUAGCAGAAGCAGUGUAUCCAGGCACCACCCAGGAGAAAGCCCACUGGGAACUACUAGUUUCCAGAGGUCACUAGCUUCAUAUUGCAAAGAGCGAGAAUUAAAGAAGUUGAGAAAGGAGCAGAUGAAGCAGAAAAUCAACUCAGAAAAUUCCUUCUCAGAAGCAAGUAAUCUUUCUUCAAAAUCCACCAGUCCAAGAAGAAAAUGUAAACCAAGGCAGGAACAUAGUAAACAGAAUGAUAUACCUGGAAAAAGUAAUCUUUCAAACUUGGAAAAUGGACAUCUCUCAAGAAAGAGAUCCUCUUCUGAUUCAUGGCAACCUACUUCAGGCUCUAAGCAGAAUAAAUUCCCUGACAAAAGAAAAAGGAACUCUGUGGACUCAGAUCUGAAAAGUACAAGAGAAUCUCUGAUACCAAAAGCAAAAGAGCCUUUCCUUGAGAAGCGUCCUGAUGGAUCACAUCAGAAAGAAAAAUUCAUAAGACAUAUCGCGCUGAAGACGCCUGGCGAUGUACUGCGUUUAGAGGAUAUAUGCAAGGAAACAAGUGAUGAAAUUGAUUGCUCCUCUACAGGCUUGGCACCUUCAAAUUCUGGCCACCAUUCUUCCAGGAAUAGUGACCAAAUCCGAGUGGCAAGUACCAAAGAGACUAAGAUACAAAAACCCCAUCUAUCUUUACCUCAGGAAAAAUCUACAAGUAAAAAAGCUGGCACCCUUCAGAAAAAUAAAACUGCUAGCUCUGAGACAUUGAAAGAGACAAAACCUCUACCUUUACUUUCCCAUGUUUCAAGUGCUGGUUCCUCUCAGGUACCAUUAAAUGCUAAAAAUUGCUCUCUUCCAGUUCCUAAGAAAGAUAAAGAGCGUUCCUCAUUUAAAGAAUGUCCUGGCUAUUCUGCAGUAUCCUCCAAGCACAAAGAACACAAAGCAAAGACUAACAAGACUGAUUCUAGUGUGUCUUCAGGGAAAAUUUCCGAGGGAUCUUUGUGUGCAAAAUAUGGCACCCCUACCAAGUCUUCCCUGGAAGUUGUGCCAUGUAACCCAGGCCCAACUGCACCUUCAGAUAAAGCCCCUUCUGAUAAAGAGAGUUCAGGAAACUCCAAUGCAGGUAGCAAUGCACUGAAAAGAAAAUUAAGGGGUGAUUUUGAUAGCGAUGAAGAAAGUUUAGGUUACAACCUAGACAGUGAUGAGGAAGAAGAACCAUUAAAAUCACUGGCAGAAAUAAUGGCCUUGAACUUGAGUCAGACUCCUACAGCUGCAGCAAAGCCUCCUGCUCUUGCGAAGGGGCUUCCAUCUCAGUCACAAGACUACAAAGAACACGUUGAUAGUGGUACUUACACAAAUACUUUGGAGCGUCUAGUGAAGGAAAUGGAAGACACACAAAGGCUAGAUGAACUACAAAAGCAACUACAAGAAGACAUAAGGCAGGGCCGAGGCAUUAAAUCUCCAGUUAGAAUUGGAGAUCAAGACAGUACGGAUGAUGAGGAUGACCUCUUAGAAGAACACAGAGAAUUUCUAAAGAAAUUUUCAGUUACAAUUGAUGCUAUUCCUGAUCAUCAUCCAGGUGAAGAAAUAUUUAAUUUCCUAAAUUCUGGAAAAAUUUUCAAUCAGUAUACAUUGGAUUUAAGAGACUCUGGUUUUAUCGGACAAAGUGCUGUAGAAAAGCUUAUUCUCAAAUCAGGAAAAACAGAUCAGAUUUUUUUGACAACACAAGGCUUCCUUACUUCUGCUUAUCAUUAUGUGCAGUGUCCUGUACCUGUGUUAAAGUGGUUGUUUCGGAUGAUGUCGGUUCAUUCAGACUGUAUUGUGUCGGUGCAGAUUUUAAGUACGUUGAUGGAGAUAACAAUUAGAAAUGAUACUUUCAGCGACUCACCGGUUUGGCCCUGGAUACCAUCACUGUCUGACAUAGCAGCUGUGUUUUUCAAUAUGGGGAUUGACUUUAGGUCUUUGUUUCCUCUGGAGAAUUUUCAGCCAGACUUUAAUGAAGACAAUCUAGUUUCUGAAACACAAAUGACGCUGGGGGAAAAAGGAAGUGAAGAUUCAUCUUCUAAACCAAUUUUUUCAACUCUUCCUGAAACCAAUAUUUUAAAUGUGGUUAAGUUCCUAGGCUUAUGUACAUCUAUACAUCCAGAAGGUUACCAAGACCGUGAGCUGAUGCUGCUGAUCUUAAUGUUGUUUAAAGUGAGUUUGGAGAAACAGCUGAAACAGAUUCCUCUAGUAGACUUUCAAAGCCUCCUGAUAAACCUGAUGAAAAACAUCAGAGAUUGGAACACAAAGAUGCGUCAACUCUGUAUGUGCAUAAAUGAACUCUCUAGUCAUCCUCACAACCUUCUGUGGUUGGUACAGCUAGUCCCCAACUGGACAUCACGUGGAAGGCAGUUGAGACAGUGCCUCAGUCUAGUGAUUAUUUCAAAGCUUCUGGAUGAGAAACAUGAAGAUGUCUCUAAUGCCAGUAAUCUUCAGAUAUCAAUCCUACAUCGCUAUCUCGUGCAAAUGAAACCUUCUGAUUUGUUAAAGAAAAUGGUCCUGAAGAAAAGGGCUGAACAACCAGAUGGCGUGAUUGAUGACAGUCUUCACUUAGAACUUGAAAAGCAGGCCUAUUACCUGACCUACAUUCUCCUUCAUUUAGUUGGUGAAGUUAGCUGUUGUCAUUCUUUUUCUUCUGGACAACGGAAAGACUUUGUGCUGCUCUGUGGGGCUCUGGAAAAGCAUGUGAAGUGUGACAUUAGGGAAGAUGCAAGGCUUUUUUACAGAACUAAAGUGAAAGACCUGGUUGCAAGGAUACAUGGAAAAUGGCAGGAAAUAAUCCAGAACUGUCGGCCUACUCAGGGGCAACUUCAUGACUUCUGGGUACCAGAUUCUUAACAAGAAUUGCAGCAGCAAAAAUAUGAACCAAGAGAAAUCCACUAAGAACCUGUCCAAGUGGAUUAAAAAGUAUUACUGUGGAAUCCAGUGGAUGUUAAGAAAGUGCACAGCAGAUGUGCCACCUGAAACUGGAGGGCGGCUGGUAAUGAAGAAACUGCCAUUCCUGAAGCAGAGAUGAAAUGUUAUCUGCUCCAUUGUUAAGGCAGCUGACCGUGUGAAAGAGCAGAGCCUCUGAAAGGGGAGGGAUGGAAGCGGCGAGUAGUUACAUGUCUGAGCUGCCUCUGCUACGUCUUUCGUUCUAUUGUACGCCAGUUAUCUUUUUUAGGUAGUAUUUGUGGCACCUGGAUAGUCACAGGAAAUAAAAGUUUGGACCAGCUUGAGGAAUUGGACAUUGGAAACCAAGACCGAGUUUCAAUUGGGUUUAAUUUUUCUUGGUUGUUUUAGGAUGCAAAGGGAAAGCUUAUAACAAUAUACUAAUAAAAGCAUAGAUCUCUUCUAUAACUCCUAUAAACCACAAGUUCUAAACCAUGCAGUUUCCUUUACCAUUUAAGGCUAUAAAUAUAAUAGUUUUUUAAAUUGGUGUAAAUGCUGGGCGUGGUGGCACACGCCUGUAAUCCCUGCACUUGG